AUGAGACUAGCUACCCACGAGUCAGAUGAGCAAAAUAUAUUCUUAUGUGGAUUAAUAAAUGUUUGUUCAAUAAAAAGGCGUAGUAGGAAAAAUGAAAUGGAUGCCAAUUUUCAUCAAAACUUUUUCAUUUACGAAGCCCGGUUUCCACCAAAGCAGAGAGGAGACGAGACGAGAGAUGUGCCGCAAAGCUGGCAGGUUAUUUCCACCAAAGCGGAGAGGAGAAGUGUAGUGGAAAGACGUGAGCUUUGUAUAGCAAAGAUUCCUUCACCGAAUGAUAUAUCUAAUUCGUCAGAAAUGGAUGUUACGCACGUACAUGAGAGUGACGUUCAAGAAUCCGAAGAAGUAAGAGGAUAUCAUGACCUUGAAAGAAAGAAGGCUUGCAUUUUUUGUGACAAAUCAAGUCAUAGAAGAGUUCGAAUGCGCAAUGAACCUCUAAGCAUAAGCGAGAAGUGGGAAAAUUGGGAAAACUAUUUAGUAGAUGCUGUAAACAGUGAAAACUUUGAAAAGGUAGUUACGAUAAGAAGUUACUUAGAUAAUAAGAUUCUCUACCACAAAACUUGUCUAAAUGACUACCGCAGCGUGCUUGCUAAAAAAAGUCUGCAAACGUACUAG